CGCCACUCCUUUUCUUCUUGUCCCGCAGUCUGAGGUCCACUGGUCUUUACACAGGUCCACUGCAGCUCCUGUGUGUGUGUGUGUGUCGCUGCAGACGAGACUCAUGGCCUCACAGCUGAGAUUCGACGGGCGGGUGGUACUGGUCACCGGCGCGGGGGGAGGACUGGGCCGAGCCUAUGCCCUGGCUUUUGGAGAAAGAGGUGCGUCAGUUGUUGUGAAUGAUUUAGGAGGGGACAUGAAGGGAGUUGGUAAAAGCUCCUUAGCCGCUGAUAAGGUUGUUGAAGAAAUAAGAAGCAGAGGCGGAAAAGCAGUGGCCAGCUAUGAUUCAGUGGAAGCAGGAGAGAAGAUUGUGAAGACAGCCUUGGAUGCGUUUGGAAGAAUAGAUGUUGUGGUCAACAAUGCUGGAAUUCUGAGGGACCGUUCCUUUGGUAGACUAAGUGAUGAAGACUGGGAUAUAAUCCAUAGAGUUCAUUUGCGGGGCUCCUUUCUAGUGACCCGGGCAGCGUGGGAUCACAUGAAGAAACAGAAGUUUGGAAGGAUCAUUAUGACUUCGUCAGCUUCGGGAAUAUAUGGCAACUUUGGCCAGGCAAAUUAUAGUGCUGCAAAGCUGGGUCUUCUGGGCCUUUCAAAUACUCUUGCAAUUGAAGGCAAGAAAAAUAACAUUCAUUGUAACACUAUUGCCCCUCAAGCUGGAUCACGGUUGACCCAGACUGUUUUUCCUGAGGAUGUUGUAGAAGCUUUGAAGCCAGAUUACGUGGCCCCCCUGGUCCUUUGGCUUUGUCACGAAAGUUGUGAGGAAAAUGGUAGCUUGUUUGAGGUUGGAGCAGGAUGGAUUGGAAAAUUACGCUGGGAGCGGACCCUUGGAGCCCUUGUAAGACAGAGGAAUCAGCCAAUGACUCCUGAGGCAGUGAAGGCGAACUGGAAGAAGAUCUGUGACUUUGGUAGUGUCAGCAAUCCUCAGACAAUUCAAGAAUCAACUGGCGGUAUAAUUGGACUUGUAAGUAAAAUGGAUUCCAAUGGAGGAGUUUCAACAAAUCAUACCAGUCAUGCGGCAUCAACGGCCACAUCAGGAUUUGUUGGAGCUAUUGGCCAGAAACUUCCUUCAUUUUCUUCCACUUAUACGGAACUGGAAGCUAUUAUGUAUGCCCUUGGAGUGGGAGCAUCAAUCAAGGAACCAAAAGAUAUGAAAUUUAUUUAUGAAGGAAGUUCUGAUUUCUCCUGUUUGCCUACCUUUGGAGUUAUUACAGCUCAGAAAUCUAUGCUUGGAGAAUUAGCACAGAUUCCUGGGCUUUCACUCGACUUUGCGAAGGUUCUUCAUGGAGAGCAAUACUUGGAGUUAUAUAAGCCACUUCCCAGAACGGGAAAAUUAAAAUGUGAAGGGGUUGUUGCUGAUAUCCUAGAUAAAGGAUCCGGUGUAGUAAUUCUUCUGGAUGUUUAUUCUUAUUCUGGAAACGAACUUCUGUGUUAUAAUCAGUUCUCACUCUUCCUUGUUGGCUCUGGAGGCUUUGGUGGAAAACGGACGUCAGACAAAAUGAAGGUAGCGGUAGCCGUACCUAACAGACCUCCUGAUGCUAUACUUACAGACACCACCUCACUUAAUCAGGCUGCUUUGUACCGCCUCAGUGGAGACUGGAAUCCCUUACACAUUGAUCCUAACUUCUCUAGCUUAGCAGGUUUUGACAAGCCAAUAUUACAUGGAUUGUGUACAUUUGGAUUUUCUGCCAGGCAUGUUUUACAGCAGUUUGCAGAUCACGAUGUGUCAAGAUUCAAGGCAAUUAAGGCUCGUUUUGCAAAACCAGUAUAUCCAGGACAAACUCUACAAACUGAGAUGUGGAAGGAAGGAAAUAGAAUCCAUUUCCAAACCAAGAUCCAAGAAACUGGAGACAUCGUCAUUUCAAAUGCAUAUGUGGAUCUUGUGCCAACAUCUGAUAUGUUAGCUAAGACACCCUCUAAGGGUGGGGAGCUUCAGAGUACCCUUGUUUUUGAGGAAAUAGGUCGCCGCCUUAAGGAUAUUGGGCACCAGGUGGUAAAGACAGUAAACGCUGUAUUUGAGUGGCAUAUCACUGAAGGUGGAAAUACCGCAGCUACGUGGACUAUUGACCUGAAAAAUGGUUCUGGAGAAGUGUAUCAAGGCCCUGCAAGAGGCUCUGCUGACACAACCUUGACACUUUCAGAUGAGCAUUUCAUGGAGGUAGUCCAGGGCAAGCUUGAUCCUCAGAAGGCAUUCUUUAGUGGCAAACUGAAGGCCAAAGGGAACAUCAUGGUGAGCCAGAAGCUUCAGAAGAUUCUGAAAGACUACGCCAAGCUCUGAAGGACAUACUACAUUAUUAAUGAAAAGAGAAAAAUUAAAUACUCUCUUCACUCAAAUGUGCAAAAGUGAUCAAAACUAAGAUACAGGGGAAAUUGGUUAACAUUUUCAGAUUUCAGAUAACUUUUCAGGUUUUCAUUUUCUACUAAUUUUUCAUGUUAUCAUUAUUUUUACAAGAAACUGUAAGGUAGCACAUGAUUAUCCUUCUGUUCUUAGAUCUCUAUCUUGAUAAAAAAUUUCCCCCAAGUCCAAUCUCUUUAGAAUUGUGAUAGCACUUAUAAGUUGAAGGAAAAAUUAAAUAAAUAAAGGCCACUUGGAUGCCUUUUAUACUUCA